AUGAAAGACGCAAAAAAUUUAAAGAAGCGAAAAAUCUCAUCUAGUACUGCAGAUGUUGACGAGAAUAACUCAAUAACGAAUAAAAUAGAACCAACAACUAAUAAUGAAGGAAAUGUUGUCGAACAACCGCUAACAACAAUUACGUCUUGUCCGUUUGAUACUGUUUUGUGCCAAGAAGCUCUCAAUGGUCUGAAAAAAUUAAUUCAAUCAGCUCAGAUUGGACAUAAACAAUUACUCGAUGAUGAAACACCGAUUAGUCUCUAUAUUCAUGUUCAUAAAAUACCACGUUGUACGUAUUUACGUCUCAUCUCACAUUUACCACAUCCGCUCUAUCCAUUACGUGAAGUUUGUUUGUUUGUUCGUGAUGAUGAUACUAAUGGACGUGAAUAUGAAUCAACAGUUAGACGUUAUAAAACAAUGAUUGAACAAUUUAAACUGCCAUAUCAUGUAGAUGUUAUGACAUUAAAACAAUUAAAUCAGGAACUUGUUCCAUAUGAAGCAAAGCGAAAGUUAUGCAAUCGUUAUGAUUUAUUUUUGGCUGAUCGUCGUAUUUUAACAAGUUUAAUGCGUGGACAAUUAUUAGGUAAACAUUUUCGUCACCAUGGUAAAAUGCCGUUGGGUGUGAACGUAUUUAACAAAGAGCUUAAACAACGUUUACAAAUAUUAUCUGAAUCAACAAUUGGACGUAUGGCAGGUAGCGGUCCGUUAUUUUCUAUCCAAUUUACAACAGUUAAUCAGUCAGUCGAACAGGGCAUGGAAAAUUUUAAAAAUGUCUGUGAUUUAAUCGGUAAAGAAUUACCGGGUAGUUGGAUGAAUAUUCAUCAUGCCUAUUUAUAUGGAAAUAAUUUACUUUCAUUACCAAUAUAUUAUAGUAAACAUACGAAAAAUGAUGUAAAACAAUUGAAUGUAUCAAUGAAAGAUGAUUAUUUGAAACAAACACAAUUAGGUGAAUUAACAACAUUAGAAAGUCGAAAUGUUAAUGUCAUCGUUAAGCCAACGGGCGAAAUCAAAUUUACAAAGAAAACAAGAUUAAAUGGAAAGGAAAUAAUCAAAAAACGGCCAUUAAAACGUUUAACAGUUUGGUAUAAAGAGAAAAAGAAAUCUCUACUACCGUCAUCAUCCACACGAAAACCAUCGAAAUUUAAAAAGUCCCUUAAUAAAGAUGAAACUGAUUUAAUAUUAUCAACAGAUAAUAGAGAUUUAAUUGAUACGGCAUUUAUUCAACGAAUUGCAGAAAAGAAGACAAGGAAGAAAAAUAAACAACAAAAACAUGUUGAACAAGAUUUUGCUUCUGUACCAGCGCCAAAUGCACAGAAACGGAAACGUCUGUUGAAAACCGUCAUUCCAGAUGAGAAUAAUGAAGGGGGAAAGAACAAUGAUGAUGCAGUAAAAAUGAAACAAAGUGGAGGACGAAGCAAAAAGAGGACAAAAAAAAACAGUAUGGUUGUUGUUUAA